AUGGAGUUCAAUAGCUUUGACUUUAUCGCUCUCUUCCUGUGCUCGAGCAUCUUCGGCCUUCUCUUCUCGCUUUGGUCCAAGACUGAGCUUAUCACCGACCGCGAGAUCAUUCUCUUGGUUACAGUCUUUAGCGCCGUCGUGAUCGGGCUUCUCGCGCGCAUAAACGCCACCAGAGCGCUCACCAACUUCCUCACGGAUAACCUAGGGGAGGUACACGAAAAGCAACUUCGGGAUAUUGACGAAGCCCAUCGUCGCUACAUUGCGAGCGUCAAGCUUGAGAACCAUCGUGAACAUCUUCGUCUCCAAGGCGAUGUCAAUAAUGCUGCCCUCAAGUUCGACCGCCUAUACAACGAGCACGAUUAUAUCUCGAGCAUGUACCAAGAGCAGAUGCAAUACAAAGAGGAACAAGAGGAUCGCAUCCGGUAUCUCGAAAAGAAGCUUCAAGAAUUUGGUCAAUCCACGCCAAUGACUCGCACUCCUUUCUCCGCGCCGCCUUCGCAGAUCAGCUUUUCUCCCCCACCGCGUCGCCAGCAAUCUAAUGAGAUCCUCCGCUAUACAGCUUCGGCGAGCCCACUAGGUCAGGUCUUGGAGGCAGAGGACGAAUAG